ACGGAAGCUAUCUCAACGAUUUGAUUGAUUUGUUUUGUUUUGUUUGGCAACUUGACCACUGGCUGUCCUGGAGACGGUCGAGAAUAACACAUGGACCGGUCGCUAUGAGCUUUGAUUGUUGAUCGUGGUCGUCCUUCUGCUCUCGAUGCCCAGCGCUGAGCAUGCGAUAGAAUCCUUGCGAUCGUAAGCUACAACAAACGAAGAAUCCAAUAUGAAAGCGAUUUUACAGAGAGUUACGUCGGCUUCGGUCACGGUCGACAAGCAGCUUAUCUCGUCAAUCGGUCGGGGGAUUCUGGUAUUUGCGGCCAUUGGCAAGGAUGAUACAGAGAAGGAUGCGGAGUCUCUUGCGGCAAAGGUCCUGAAGGCGAAGCUAUGGCCAGAUGAUUCUGGGUCGACGUGGAAAAAGAGUGUCCAGGAUGUACAAGGAGAGGUCCUUUGUGUCUCGCAGUUUACUCUGAUGGCAACCAUGAAGAAGGGCAACAAGCCGGAUUUCCAUAGCGCGGCUGACCCUGAAUCAGCACGAAAGCUGUACGACCACUUCUAUAACAAAGUGCGAGAUCUAUACCAGGCAGACCGCGUGAAGAAUGGCGUAUUCCAGGCCAUGAUGGAGGUAGAACUCAAAAAUGAUGGACCGGUGGGUGUAGAUUACCGCAGUGAAGACGGAGCGGUUACGAUCGAAAUCAACACCAACCUUCCCAAACCAGAAAAGAAAGAGACGCCAUCUGCUCAAGGCUCUGAGGGAAAGGGGAAGGAAAAAUCGACAGAGUCGAAAGAAGGGGAAUCCAAAGGAAGCCAGUACUUUGAAUUCAAGCUUCCAGCAUCCCUAUUAGAAUAGACAUACCAUAUAUAUAGAUCAACCUAAAAUAAAAAAUAAAAAAAAUUAAAACAAGAGAAGUAACGAAACGACAAAGCACAUGGAUGGCUCGUACCAUAGAUCUCGAGCUGUAGCCUAUGUACUAGUAUCAGACACUAUUCUUUAGUGUAAGCGCUCCGCCUAGAGUAUUCCUUAGGGCUUAGGAUUUUGUUCCUGGGCGGGGUUUUGCGGCACUUGGCGGGGCAUCAACCAUGCGG